AUGGCGGCGUCCAAAGAGAAACAUGCGAAACAAUCGUGUGUUAUUCCAGGAGGGUUUACAGUAUUAUGUCUGAAGUUCAAGUCUGACAGUCCCACACACCACCAGCUGAUAGUGAAAGAGCACAGAGUUCGUGCUGAAAAAUCCACACAAAGACCUCUCAACAGAACCCUUUUUGUGCUCAACAUCCCUCCGUACUGCUCCCAGAACGUGUUAAAGGAGUUGUUCUCACGGUUUGGACCCGUUCAGUCGGUGGAACUCUGUGAGAAACCAGGCGCCUCAGAAUCCACAGAGCCCAAACUGUCCAAGUAUUUCACACCAGCAGAGAAAGAGGGCUUUAAAGUGGGCUAUGUCGUAUUUAAAAAUGCCUCCAGCGUAACAGCAGCUGCAUCCCACCCCCACGACGAGCCGCUGAUCGUCUGUACAGAGGAGAGGCCUGUGCGGACCGGCGUUCAGAAAUGGAUUCAUCAGUAUACACACUCUUUCAUUCCCCCCGACCAGCUGCAGGAGGCCGUCGACUCCUUCAUGAACGACUACGACAAGAGGAAAGAGGAGGAGGAGGAGCGUCAGAAGCGGGAAGCGGAGGAGCAGGCGGAAGACGAGGAAGGAUGGAUAAAAGUCACUAAAGGAGCGAAAGGCGCCAAGGCCCGCCCUCACAGCGAAGCAGCCAAUCAGAGAACGCUCCAAAAGGAAAGCAAGAAGAAGAGACGGAAGGAGCUGCUGAAUUUCUACUCCUGGCAGCACAAAAACACACAGAAGCAACAUAUUGCUGAGCUGAGGAAGAAGUUUGAGGAAGACAAACAGAAAAUUGCUCUGUUGCGAGCACAGAGAAAAUUCAGGCCGUACUGACGGAGCUGCCCCCCCCUACACACACCUCUGUUCAUCUCUCUUCUCUCUCCCAACUUUUCCUUUGUGUCGUCUGUUAUCAGUAACAAUACAACUAAGAGACCAGUGA